CUCUUGUUAGCUUCAUCAGACUGUGAGACGGUCCCUAGCUCUCACAUGCAAUAUUCCCCUUCUUCUUCGCCUUCUCAUUUUUUUUAAUGAAGCGGAGUAGCUUCUUUAUUUUUAUCCUUGUAUAAGUAAAUAUUUUUGGAAGUCAGGAUGGGGGUACCGAAAUUUUACCGGUGGAUUUCGGAGCGGUAUCCUUGCCUGAGUCAAGCUGUAAAGGAACAUCAGAUUCCGGAAUUUGACAACCUGUACCUGGACAUGAAUGGGAUCAUCCAUCAAUGUUCACACCCCAAUGAUGAAGAUGUACAUUUCCGUAUCACGGAGGAGAAAAUCUUUGCAGAUAUCUUCCACUACAUCGAGGUUUUGUUCCGCAUCAUCAAGCCCAGGAAGGUGUUCUUCAUGGCAGUGGAUGGGGUGGCUCCAAGGGCUAAAAUGAACCAGCAGCGUGGCAGGAGAUUCAGGUCAGCCAAAGAGGCAGAGGAUAAGAUCAAAAAAGCUCUCGAAAAAGGGGAGGUCUUGCCCACGGAAGCCAGGUUUGACUCAAACUGCAUUACCCCAGGGACUGACUUUAUGGCCAGACUACAGGAGCAGCUCAAGUACUUUGUGAAUAACAAGCUCUCCACCGACCCGCUGUGGCAGGGUGUGAAUGUCUUCCUGUCUGGCCACGAGACACCUGGGGAAGGAGAGCACAAAAUUAUGGAAUUCAUCCGUUCAGAGAAUGCCAAGCCAGGACACAACCCCAACACGAGACACUGCCUGUAUGGUUUAGACGCUGACUUGAUCAUGCUCGGCCUCACCAGCCAUGAACCAAACUUCUCGCUGCUGAGAGAGGAGGUACGCUUUGGAGGGAAAAAGAACCAGAAGAGGAUCGCCACCCCAGAGGAGACUACCUUUUUUCUGCUGCACCUGUCUCUAAUGCGAGAGUACAUAGAUUAUGAGUUUUCAGAACUUAAGCAUAAGAUCCCUUUUGAGUAUGACCUGGAGCGUAUUAUUGAUGACUGGAUUCUGAUGGGCUUCCUGGUGGGCAAUGACUUCAUCCCUCACCUGCCUCACCUGCACAUCAACCACGACGCCCUGCCACUGCUCUACCGCACCUACAUCAGUGUGCUGCCCACUCUCCAGGGUUACCUCAAUGAGAAUGGACAUCUGAAUCUCGGCAACUUUGAGAAGUACUUGGCGAAGCUAGCGGAGUUUGAUCGGGAGCACUUCAGCGAGGCAUUUGUGGACCUGAAGUGGUUCGAGAGCAAAGUGGGGAACAAGUACCUGAAUGAAGCUGCUGGUCUGGCUGCAGAGGAAGAAAACAGCAAGAAGGUCAAGAAAAGCAAGUCCCCGGAGGAUUCGCUGUGUUUAGCUGCGCUUGACAGUGGAAAGGAUGGCGGCGGUGGCCAGAGCAAAGAAGGCGGGGAGGAGGAUGGAGAGGAAGAAGAGAUAUUUGAGGUCGAGUUCCGUCAGUACAAGCGUGUUUACUACAUGUCCAAGAUGGGUGUGGAAGUUGUUUCCGAUGAAUUUUUAGCCAGCCAAGCAAAGUGCUAUGUUGAGGGAAUACAGUGGAUUCUUCAUUACUACUACCAUGGAGUUCAGUCAUGGAGCUGGUACUACCCGCACCACUAUGCCCCCUUCCUGUCCGAUGUGAGGAAUAUAAGGGACCUUAAACUCACCUUCGACCUAGCAAAGCCCUUCAUGCCUUUUGAACAGCUGCUGGGAGUCCUGCCUGCAGCCAGCAAAGACCUCCUGCCUCAGUGCUACCGGCACCUGAUGACGUCAGAGAACUCCCCCAUCAUUCAGUAUUACCCGGAGGACUUCAGCACGGACCUCAAUGGCAAGCAGCAGGAGUGGGAGGCUGUGGUCCUCAUCCCCUUCAUAGAUGAGAAACUGCUACUUGCUGCUAUGACGCCUCUUAACGACCAGAUGACAAGGGCAGAGAAGGCCAGGAACAGGCACACAGAGUGUGCGGUGUACACCUUCGAAAAGGACCUGGACUUCACCUACGAGUCCUCAUGUCCAGGAGUGUUCCCAAACAUCGUUCACUGCCAUGUCAAAGCUACCCCAGUGCCCAUGGACGCCUGGCACGUAUCCCUGAGCCACAAGGCACACAGAGUGGACCGGGGGGCGCUGUAUUUCUGUGGGUUCCCCACCCUGCAACACAUUCGGCACAAGUUCUACAAGAAGAAGGCCGGGGUUGUGGUGUUCCAGUCCGCCAGUCGAAGCGAGAACAUGAUCCUAGACAUUUUGGACAGCCAAGAGGGACAGCUGGUGUGUGAUGACUUGGCGGUGGAGGUCCUGGGGAAGCCGGUGUUUGUGAACUGGCCGCAUCUGGAAGAGGCUCGUGUGGUGGCUGUGUCUGAUGGGGACAGCAAGUUUUUCCUGGAGGAACCUCAUGGUGUUAACAAGCUGUACCUGGACAAGACUCCCCCUCCUACCAGAGUGACCUCCCUCAGUGACAAGGAGCAGAAGGAUUGGCAGAGGGAGGUGUACGGCAUCACAGAGCAGUUCAGUAAGAGUAAGGGUGUGAUGAUCAAUGAGACGGAGGUGGUGCUGUACACCCAGCUGUUGACGGGCAGGAAGUACACGCCGACCCCGGACGGGAAGGUGCACCUGGAGAAACAGUGGUCCAAGCAGAUCCUGCCCCAUGCCUACCAGACCGUCGUCAAGGACAUCAAGGCCUUUGACUCCUCCACCACUCGGUUUAAGACCUUGGAGGAACUCUACCCCCCUGGCAUUACUGUGUUCAUGGUGGGGAACCCAUACUAUGGAGCAAUGGGGGAGGUGCAAGACUCAAGUGAUGUCAUCAACGAGGGACGAGUGCGAGUGGUUUUCACUAUCCCUUGUGAGCCACAGCUUGAUGCCUUAAUACAAAACCAGCAUAAAUACUCUGUGAAGUACAGUCCUGGCUACGUCUUGGCCUCUCGUCUAGGCAUCACCACCUACCUCGUUUCCAGGUUCUCUGGAAGCAUCUUCCUCGGAAGGGGCUCAAAGAGGAAUCCCCAUGGGGAACAGAAGGCUAACGUGGGCCUGAACCUCAAGUUCAACAAGAAGAACGAGGAGGUGCCGGGCUACACUAAGAGGACGGAGAAGGAGUGGCUGUACUCCCCUGCUGUGGAGGAGCUGCUAGCAGAGUACCUAGAGAGGUUCUCUGAAGUGUUCAACCUUGUGUCUAGGAACAGUCAUGACGAUGUCUUCUACGAGGACGACAUCUGGCCCGGAGAGGAUGAAAAUGGCGCGGAAAAGGUGCAGGAGAUCACGGCUUGGUUGAAGGCUCACCCCGUCAGCUCCACUUCCAGGGCGUCAUGUGACCUCCAGAUCCUAGACAACGGCAUUGUGGAGAAGAUCGAGGAGGAAUUGGAGAAGACUAAGGUGAGGAAGAGCAGCAAGAAAGUGCGGGUCACUGUGAAGCCACAUCUGCUCUACAGGCCUCUAGAGCAGCAGCAUGGCGUUGUGCCCGAUCCCGAUGUGGAGUACAAGCUGUUUGACCGCGUUGUGAACGUGAGGGAGGGAUUCUCAGUGCCGCUUGGUCUCAGGGGAACUGUCAUUGGCAUUAAAGGAGCUGAGCGUGAGGCGGAGGUCCUGUACGAGGUCAUGUUUGAUGAGGAGUUUGCUGGUGGACUCGCCCUCAGGUGUUCAGCAGGUCGUGGCUACCGGCUGCCUCCCAGUGCCUUAAUCAACCUGAGCCACGGCGGUCGUCUGGAGCAGGGCUCCUCCCGUAAGCUCACUGCCGUCAUCAAGCCGCAGCUCUCCUCCGCCUCCCAGCAUCAGCAUAAGGGCCAGCUGGCUGGCCUCAACCACUCCCCCCGCUCCCCCUUCAUUCCCACACAGCAACAAAAUGGUAAAGGCUUUAACCUCAAGGCUGACACUCAGGGCAACAGACACUCGCCUCACAAAGCCCUCAAUCAGAAGAACCAGCAGAAAGUAAAGGGCUCUGGUAAGGAUGAGGAGUACAGCAAUGUAUGGCAGUCCCUUCAAGGCUCAGCAAUGCCCCAGAACCCACCAGCUCACUGGCACAAUAAUCUUGGAAAGGGCAGCUUGCCUAUGGUGGUAGCCAGUCCACUCAGCCAGGGUAUGAUUCAGAACAGCCCAUCCCAGGGAUUCCAACCUGCCAAUAAACCAAAUUCACAAGGUGGCAUCAGGCUUUUGAAGAGAAACGAAGAUUUAAAUGUAAUAGCCCCCCAGCACCAGCCAAAUAAGGCUUCCACUGAGUUUGAAGACCUGAUUGCAAAUCUAAAGAUCACCAAAGGAAAUGAGCCUGUUCCUCCACUUCCUUCCAAAGAGUCGGCAGAACAAUUAGGGGAGCCCCUCUCUCCUCAGUCCUUUGCCAUGAAGGGAACUCUAAUGCUGAAGGAAAUGCUGAAGAUUGAUGGUGGCUCCCCUGGCCCCGCCUCUGCUGACGCGCCCAACGCAACUCACCCCAACACUCAGCAGCACCAGCAGCGGAGACGAACCUCCAAAAAACUAGCCGCAAGCAUGAACUCCCCCCAGGCUGAGUCCUCUGCUUCCCCCCUGGCCCCAGCAGCUAUGCCACUGCUGCCCAGCCCCGUGGCUGCAGAGCUGGGUCGCCUCUGUAUGGGCUGUGGCAUGGGCCCACCUGAAUUCACCUACCUGCGCACCGCACAGGGUCUGGUGGUGUGCCAGGUGAAGCUGUCCAAUGGUGCCCUGGUGCAUGGCCCUCAGUGCCAGUCAGAGAGCGAGGCCAAAGACAAGGCAGCUUUGUUAGCUCUGCAACGCUUGCAGAACUCUGUGGGCCCAGGGUUCCCCCUUCCCCCGGCUCUUUUCGCAGGAGUGCCGCCAAUGAGGCCGUUGGCUCCCCAUCCCUCCAUGUUUGCUCAGCCACCCGCCCUCCUCAUGCCCCCCCAGGCUUAUGGUCCUCAUCCGUGGGGCCUGCCUGUCCCCCACCAGGGUCAUCCCUUCUACGGUGGCACCUUCCCUGGGGCCAGGGCCCCACCGCCCUCCAUGCCCAUUGGCACCCACAACAUGUUUGUGCCUCCUCAGGUGACAAAGAACAGAGUGUCCGGUCGCAAGAUGCAGCAGGAGUCUCGAGAGCGAGCUGCCUCCUUUCCUCAUGCAGCACCUGAUAACCCCGGCACCGACCCAACUCCAUCGUAUCCACCACCCCCGGCAGUCUCCCCACAGACUCCCCCUGCUAGCCUACAGGACAGUGCCGAGAGGGCCACGCCGGCCACCCCCAAAACUCCAAAACAGAACCCCAACCCUCACACACCAGGCUCGGCUUCCAAACGGAAACACAGGAAGCUGGCAGUGAAUUUUGAGGCUGCUAAAAUUACAGAAUGAAAUCUUUGAACUGUCAUUACUUUAAAAUGAGUUUCUGCUUUUGGUUUUUGUAGAGUGUUUUUGGUCCCUCUCUGUCAAUUACGUGAGAAUGGAGGUUUUAAUUCUGGGAUACUUCCUGCCCUUUACAGAAAGCUAAUCAUGGAAUCUCCCAUCUGGAUCAUUUAGUACAAUUUGUACUAUAAUGAAAUGUUGCUUUUGAAAUUGUUUUAAAUUGUGCUACAAUUGAAUUUUUCACAGGUUUUUAAAAUGAAGGCCAGAAAGUAUGAAUUAAAUUAUCAAAUUGGAGGCAUCCUCCCCCCCUGACCAAGCACCUUUUUAUAUGGUGCUAGCAAUGAAUCCGUUUAUGUCUACAUCUGUAUACUUUACUGUAUUUUAAAAGCUCUGAUCUGGAACUAAAUUUUCCCACUUGCCAUAUUUCUUACACCAUGUUGAAGUUAAAUUUACCUUGUUGUACUACUUUGCUUGUAUAUUAAAGCAGUUUUAAUUAAAGCUUUAUAUCAGUACAAUUA